AAGAAAUUCACCAACUGAGGUUAAAGGCGUUAUUCCGUGGAAGCGCUUCUGGUGACUCUCGGAAUGCAGCCCUGCAACCCUCUCUCUAAUACAGCGAACGAGCCUUUGGGCUGCGCCACCCACAGACGCGUCCAGAAGCCGGUGCUGCUGAGAUGGACUCCGUGACCUUCACAGACGUGGCCGUGAAUUUCACCAGGGAGGAGUGGGCCCUCCUGGACUCGGCACAGAGAAUUCUCUACAGAGACGUGAUGCUGGAAAACUGCAGGAACCUGGCCUCUGUGGAUUUGGUGACUCAACAUAAAGCCAAAAACUCAAUCCAUCAGCAGGACAUUCUCGCGAGAAAGACUCCUGAUGAAGCAAACAGAGUGUGUGCCGUGAGCCACAGUUCCCGGUCCUCCCCAUCGGGAGAAGACUGGAAAUGCCCCAGAACAGAUGAGCCACCCAAGCAAAGGGAACAAAAGUUGAAGCAAGUUGCUGCUGUGUGCAAGGAGGGCGAGUCUCCAGGUAGACUCUGUGACUAUCACGAAAUGAGGGACGACUCUCUAUCUAGCUCACGGAGAGAUUCCAAAAGAAACCGUACCCAAAAAUGUGGCUCAAAUAUUCUGGUGCAAAAUCCUGAUCUAACCAGCCAUCGAAAGAUCUGUAGAAAUAACAAAAAUGAUAGAGUCUUGUGGCAGAGCGUUGAGCUGACCCCAUUUGUAGGAAGUCAGGCAGAGCCAGAGUCCAAAAUAUGGAUCGACCGUCAGAACAAUAUCCUUCAUGUACAUAAUAGUAUCUGCAUGGGGGUGGACAUCGAUGAAUGCGAUCCGUUUGGUGAAGACAUUUCCCUUAGGGUAUACAAGACUCCCACUGCAGAGAAGACUUAUGACGAGUUUAAUUCAUGUGAAACCACCUUCCAAAAUAGCUCGACCCAUGACGUGCAGAGGCCGUCCUAUACAGCAGACGCAAAUCACGAGAAGAAUCAAGGUGAGAAAACCUUCGCCCACAUGGAAAAUUCUGACUCACACGGGAAGACUAAGACCAGAGGGGAAAAAUAUAAAUGUCAGGACUGUAGGAAAAGUUACGUGUAUCAGUCCUUCCUUAUGAGACACAUGGAAAUUCACACUGGGGAGAAACCUUACGAAUGCCAGACCUGUGGGAAAGCCUUUAGAUAUUCCUUACACCUUAAAAAACACUUAAAAAAGCACAUUGUGAAGAAGUCCUAUAAAUGUGGAGGAUGUGGGGAAGACUUCAGUGAGUCCUCAAAACUGACUGAACAUAGAAGGGUUCACUCUGCAGAGAAACCCUAUAAAUGCGAGGAAUGUGGGAAAGCCUUCAUCAGUUCUUCCAGAUUUAAAAACCAUCUAAAAACUCACAGUUGAUGUAUG